UCCCCAUUCCACUGCCCUCCUCCUUCUCUCUCUACCCCUCUCUUAAGCCCCCAGGAAGAGAAGAAUUGGAGAUGGCAGGCCACAAGGGAGAGGAUUCUGCUUCUCAAUCAGAACAGGCCUCAUUGGAUAAGAAAUACGGAGGGAUUAUGCCGAAGAAGAAGCCCUUAAUCUCGAAGGACAAUGAGCGUGCCUAUUUUGAUUCUGCUGACUGGGCCCUUGGCAAGCAGCAAGGGGGGAAUGUGGGGCAGCAGGCCAGAGAUGCUGUGGAGACCCUGAGGCCCAAACUGCAGAGAACACCUCAUCAUCAGUUGCCUCCUCGGCGUCCGGCUUGCACGACUGUCAAAGAUAAUUAGGCAGAUGGAGGUUAAAGAGGGGGGCUAAUAAAGAGAAUUGAAGAGGGAUGCAGAUAUCUUAUUAGGGUAUAUUGUGUAUAAAUAUAUGAUGUAGUCAAUUGGUAUGAAGGACUCUUGGCUAUUAAUCUGGCUCUGAGUUGUCUUCAUUAAAGAUCACAUGAUUUCAAUGGUUCAAGUAUCUUUUUAUUUAAGAAGUCUAUUUCCAUAUUUAGAAAUGAUUUAAAUAGGUAUAAGUA